CGAGUUCACAGCUGAUUUGCUCUGCUAAGUAAAAAAAGUUAUUUUCAUUGCAAAUAUUGUAAUUACUAAACUAGGAAAGUUCCACAAAUAAAAUGAAGAAAAAUCCGACAUUUUUGCAACGCAAUUCGGUUGCAAUUGUUGUAAUUCCAUCGCUUAUUGGAAUGCAUUACGCAUGGAGCUUAAUGCAAAAAAAUCGCACAUUGGUUUCCGCUGAUGAAGAAAUAGAUCUCCCAGUAGUGACGUUUGCAAAAUAUUGUUGGAAUCGGUUGCAAGGUUUAACUGGUAGCGAGCAAGAUAUUCACGUAACAGUCACGCCGGCGAAACCAACAGAUGCUGCUAAAUAAAAAAUAUCCUUAAUCUUGUGGAAUUAAAGUAAAACUAACAUGUUAUAUAUGUACAUACAUACAUUUUUUACCUUCCUCCACUAACUUUGUGAAUAUUAUAUUAUAAUAAUUUGUCCUAAUCGUAAUGGAAAAAACGAAUUGAUAUAUAUUGAUAGAAUAUUUAUUCAAUAUACUCUAGUUGCACUUAUCUUAAAACUUAAAAA